UAGGUGUUGUUGGACAGCAGUGCACAUAACCCUCAUUUAGGUGUUGUUGGACAGCAGUGCACAUAACCCUCAUUUAGGUGUUGUUGGACAGCAGUGCACAUAACCCCCACCCCAAUCUCACACAGCUGUUACCGAACUGCACUUUUCCAAUCCUGCUGAAGGCAUCUGUAAGCCGAGUGACACCAAUAGCUGAAAGGUCGUAGCACAGACAGUAGUGGGAGGUACGUGUACCCUGUGAUUAUCGCCUGGGCCAGCAGGAAUGCGCCUGGUUCAUCACACAGCGCUGAGGCGACAAAUUCUCCCUGUGGUACCCACACUCGCUUUAGGGUUAUCCCAAGACGGAGUCGUUAAAGCAGCAGUUCACAAUACACCCACAAGCACUGCAUAUUUAGUGCACUUUAAAUUCAAGCACGACACGCGCAGCCCCUCAGGUCUCAGAAGAUCUAACUAAACCACAUUUUUGUAGCUAUCGAAAAAGCAGGGAGGCAGGUGUCAGGCAAAGUAGGGGGAGGAGCAAUAGACUAGGAUGAGAUACCCUUCAACUGCGUUUCCAGAGAAGCCGAGGAAGAAGCUGAAGUUCGCUGACAGCUGGGGAGCAGCAGGUUAAUGUUCCAAGCAGGGCUGGAAGGCUUCAGGGUUGUAUUGUGACGUCAGGGAGGCUGGGAUCCGCCACGUUCUAGAAUCCGUCCCUCCGUGGUGGCUCUGGGAGGAGGAGGAGGAGGAGGUGGCGCUGCCAGGGGGCGGGAGGAGGAGGCUGAGCCCAUGCUAAGCUGAUCCGAUCCCACGUGUGACGAGCUUUUUCCCGGCUCAAUAAUAUUCUGUUAGCGGCUGUUGGUUUAGCUGCUGCCUGAUAGAGUCCUGCAUCCAGUGCCAGCGCUCUGUGUGUAUAUGUUGUGUAUGUGCUGCUACUGCCACUGCUACUGGGGCUUCGCUAGUCUUCCCUAGUCACACAGUUUCUUGCCUGUGCCUUGGAUCUAUUCCUUUUUUCUUCUUUUUUUAAAAUAUUCUUUUAUUUUGUAGCUAGCUUUUAUUACUAUCAUUGCUCUCUAUUUGUCUAAGUGUGUUGAGAAGGCUAUGGAGGCAGAUGGGAGCCAGGCCACCUCUGGGAGUCCGAACGAUUCUCAGCACGACCCCGGUAAAAUGUUCAUCGGCGGCCUGAGCUGGCAGACCUCCCCAGAUAGCCUCCGAGACUAUUUUAACAAAUUUGGAGAGAUCAGAGAAUGCAUGGUGAUGAGGGACCCCACCACAAAGCGAUCCAGAGGCUUCGGUUUCGUUACGUUUGCAGAUCCUGCAAGUGUAGAUAAAGUAUUAGCUCAACCCCAUCACGAAUUAGAUUCCAAGACGAUUGACCCUAAAGUUGCAUUUCCCAGAAGAGCACAGCCCAAGAUGGUCACACGAACAAAGAAAAUAUUUGUAGGUGGAUUAUCAGCGAACACGGUAGUAGAAGAUGUAAAACAAUAUUUUGAACAUUUUGGAAAGGUAGAAGAUGCCAUGUUGAUGUUUGACAAAACAACAAACAGACACAGAGGUUUUGGCUUUGUAACUUUUGAAGAUGAAGAUGUUGUGGAGAAAGUAUGUGAAAUUCAUUUCCAUGAAAUAAACAACAAAAUGGUUGAAUGUAAGAAAGCACAACCUAAGGAAGUCAUGUUUCCUCCCGGUACGAGAGGACGAGCAAGGGGCCUUCCCUACACCAUGGAUGCAUUCAUGCUAGGGAUGGGAAUGCUGGGUUACCCAAAUUUUGUUGCAACGUAUGGCCGAGGAUAUCCCGGAUUUGCCCCAAGCUACAGCUACCAGUUUCCAGGUUUUCCUGCAGCAGCAGCCUAUGGACCAGUAGCAGCAGCAGCUGUGGCAGCAGCUAGAGGAUCAGGAAUCCCAGAUUAUGGUUUCUAUACCACGCCCGGUGACCAACGGGCUACGUUAUCGUUUGCGGAUUAUGGUUCCAUGGGGCCUCGAACCGCUCAGAUGCUUCGUAGUGAGCAUGCUGCUUCAGCAAGUAAUUCCCCCCUCCAUCACCUUCCCAGCCCGGAUCAGUUUAAGAGCCCAGUCUUGAAUAGCUACAGUGCUCAACCGAAUUAUGGCGCACCCGCUUCCCCGGCAGGCACCAACCCGGCUCGUCCAGGAGGAUUCCCAGGGGCAAAUAGCCCAGGCCCAGUCGCUGACCUCUACGGAACUGCCAGCCAGGACUCCGGUGUGGGUAACUACAUUAGUGCAGCAAGUCCACAACCAGGCUCUGGCUUUAGCCACGGAAUUGCUGGCCCUUUGAUUGCAACGGCUUUUACAAAUGGAUACCAUUGAAACGUUUCAGAUGGUCGGUUGCCAUCUCACUUUGAGAAUUUGUCUGGAUGCCCAGGCAAGACCGGGAGAAGUUUUUGAAUGUUCCCUUGUUAGGAUAAUGUCAUCGGAUCUUAAAUGCAGUUUCAUCACAAGUACAAGACAUAUAUAUGCAGACAUAAUAUUGGAGGUGGCAUUCUGUGAACUACAGUAAAUUUCGUCAUCUCAUGAACCUGCUGCGUUAAAUAACCCACAGCUUUUUCUUUAUGAGAACAGCAAGUGCAAAAGUCAUUUUUUGUUUUCAUUGUUGCUUGUGUUUUAUUUUUAUCCUGUAUAUUCAGACGUUUGGGGUUAAGGAUCUACAGCUUGGUGUUUCCAUUUUAUUUGAUUUCAUAUGUCUGAAGUUAACCAUAGUAUCCAUCAUUAUUAAUGGCUAAGUUUUUUUUUUAAAACAUAGUUACUAAUGCUUGUUGCAAAUAGUUGAGAUUUUAUAGAUUUUAACCGAAUUUGCAAGCAUUGGUACUCAUUAUGUUACAAAAAAAAAUUAGAACUAGUGUCAUGUAGGGGUGUCUGGUACUAAAGUCAAGUUUUAAUUUCAAGAUGUAUAUAAUGUAAAAGAGCAGCUGACUAAAGUGAAUAGAAUUCUUUUUUUUUUCUGUUUUGUUUUUGUGAUGUCUCUCUAUUUUCGGCAAUAACUUAAGGACAAGAAUUUUUUUUGAGUCCUUGGUUUUCUAUAAGUGCUUUUUUCUUGUUGAAGGAGGUGAUAUUAUAAUGUUUUACGAAAGUAAUUCUUAAAACAAGAUGCUGUAAAUAUUCUUCCAUUAACAACAUGUACACUCUUAUGAAAGAGAUUUAAAAUACCUUUUUUAAGGGCAAAAACCUGCAGCAUCUCUGGACAGAACAGGGGAUGGAAAGUAGCAUUUUAAACCCUGACUGAGAUGCCAUGGUGUGCCCAGUUAGCUAGAUUAACACUGUUAAGCUUGUCGUGUAGAUGUUUUAGACCUGAUAACUGUACUAGCGUCAUACCAGCAUAUUACCUAUUUAAACUAUGUGCACAGCUUAAAAAGUUUAGUUUUUUCUUUUUGAGGAAAAGGAAAAACCUUUCACCCGGAUUCUAAAUGAAGCUACAUUUUUGAUAUUUAAAAUUGAAGCACACACAAUCGUGUUUCUUUCCUUGAUAUUUUGAAUUAGAAUACGUCACUGUCCGGUCAUUUCAGCUGCUCUAUAGAUCCUUAUUUCUCUUCUAGAGCUACAUUUAUAAAUGUCGUCAUCAGUAACUGAUCCACGCCAUGUAAGGAAGGCAUCGUUCAAUCUGUUUCACUUCAUGACCUCUGUUUUCUCUAUUGACAAAUUAGGAAUGCAAACCGUUUGUUUUGACACCUCAGUGCUCCAAGUAUCACAAUGGAGGAGAGGAAAGAUUAAUUUAUUGUAGAAAUAAUUACAAAGGUAUACAACAUCAUUGCACUGUGACUGGUAGGGAAAACUGACGACUUCCGAUUUGCACAAGUUUAUUUGGCUGUUUUAUAAUUCAUCCUCUUUUGGGAGGCAUAUGAAGGAUAUGUUAAUUUAAUGUUUCUCUUUAAUAUCAGUUAAUAGGCCUAUAACAGAGACAUAGAAGUACAACUUGGCAUGUUUGGCAUUAAAAACAUACUGUUGUGUUCAUAUUAUUUUUUAAUAUAUGCCAAGUUUUUUUUUUCUUUCUAACUGUUACAUGUAUAAAAUUGGUACUUUUUUGUACAGCAAGUACAAGACACUGAAUGCUACAUUUCUGAAACAAAAGCUGCUGCACUCCUAUUUUUAUAAAUGUUACUAACAGGUAGCGAUAACAUAGAAGUAAAUAGAAUCAAUAUUGCAAAUGAGCAACGGGUGGAGAAAAAAAAAAAUGCUCUCUUAAAAAGGAACUUUUUUUUAUCUUAUUAUUUUCCACGAUUGUAAAUGAAACUCGGGAAACCAAUUUCCACUUUGUUCCUCUAAAAACAAAAAGCAAAAUCCUAGUAUUUUUUUUUUUUAAUAUGGAAAUUUAAUCAUGUAUAAAUGUAAACCAAACUGUUCUAUUUAAAAAAAAAAAAACACAAAAAGGAAAAAAGGAAAAAAAAAAAAAAGAAACUGUUUUCCCUGUGGUUUAAUCUUUAAAGUCCGGGGAUUUUUUUAAGAAAAAAAGAUAAAUAUUUUGUCAUUGUUGAUGAUGUACUGUACUUCCAUAUAUAUACAUAUAUAUAUAUAUAUAUAUAUAUAUACCAUUUUCAUUCCCAAUCACCUCAUAGAAUAUUCUUUCUUCCUCCUCAAUAUAUCUUAGCAGUGUGUAUAGUGGCAAUUGUGUAAGCGUGCUGUCCUGAUGCUAACGUACUGAAUUCAUUUCCUUCUCUUAUAGUAAUUAUUGGUAGGUGUAUUGUAAUUAACAUUAAAGAAAAAAUAGAUGUAGUUCUUCAGAUUUAGGACCAGUAAGGAUAGAACUUUCUCUAAUUUAAGAAAUAAUUUUCAGAGCAGUUUUUUUUUUUUUUUUUUUUUUUAUAAUUUUGUUGAUCUGAUGUGGUUUCAACUAACCAAAGGUCUCAUAACGCUACAAUGCUGGCAAACUCUAAUAGGCAUUUUGUAGAUCUCCCUACCCUCCCUUGAUUUUGAAAGGGGAAUGCCAUACUACCUUAAAUGCUAAUGCUAUAUAUGCAAAACUGGAUUUUUUUUAUUUAUUUUUUAAAAAAGAGGGAGGCAUGGUAUAUAAAAUGAUUUUACUAAGAGAAAACAAAUAUUUUUUUAAGAAUGCUCAAAAUAAAUCAAUAAUCUGUGUGACUAUGUUUUAGAUGUUUAUAUAACUUUUAAAGAGUCCCAUUGGCCCAUAUGAAAUACUGUGGAACCGUUUAUGUUUUUAAAUGUGGCUACCUAGACCAAGGUCUGCUCUAGUCCCCAUUCAUGUAGUACAUCCAUGGUUUUGUAAAUGACCAUAACAAAGCUUUAGAGGGUCCUUUAUUUUAUUCAAGGUACCAUGGGUCGUGUCUCUAUUUUCCUGUAGCUAAAAUGAUACUAUUGAGAAAAUGCCAUUGCUUUAGUGGUAAUUGCUGAAUCAUUUAAAUACAUCCCAACAGAAGGCUACAUUCUAAUAUAUCAGAUAUUUUAGGUGAAAGCAAUUAGCAGGUUAUUUUCUGUUCUUAAUGCUUUUCAUGUUUAAGAUUUCCGCGUACUUCACCUUUACAAUAAUUACAGUAAUCCACGUCAUUGGUCAGCCUGUGACUGUAUACUGUAUAUAUACACACACACACACACACACACACACACACACACACACACACACACACACACACACACACACACACACACACACACACACACACACACACACACACACACACACAUAUAAAAUUAAUAUAUCUUCCUGUAUAAAACAUCCAAGUAUUCCCUGAAAUGCAUACAUCAUUGACCUACAGUUUUUAUAAUAUUUUACAGUCACCAGGAUUCUUCUAGAAAAGUUAGGGGCAGUUGAGAGAAUUAUGGAUGCUGUGAGUAGUAUUACACCAAAUAUGCUGCAAUGCUACAAGUAGGGUCAGUUUGCAAUUUUUUGUUGGCAAUAGAUCAUUGCUGAAGAUUGUACAAACUGAGCAGGCAGCCAUAGAUAGCACUUUAAUAGGCAGAAUAUUAUUUGCAGCUCACCCUCCAGCAUAGCCUCAGCACCCAAAUCAAUGCACCAAACUCCUAGUAUCUGGCUCCUCACUGGAUCAGGCAAAUCAGGUGGAGCUAAAUUUAUCACUUUACACAUCUACAUUAUGUUUUAUUAUUUUUAACCAUAUUUUGAAACUUGAAGUCCUCUGCAUAUCAAGUGGCAGCUGAGACAAUUAGCUGUCUGGCUAACCAGACUGGACCUUUGUCAAAACAGCAAUAAAACAGCCCAACAAGAUCAUGAAAAGAAACAACUGCCCUGAGACACCGAGUAGAUGCAACAUAUUCAUUCCAUAUGUAGCUGGAGUGUCAGAGAAACUCAGAAGGGUUUUCAACAAACACCAUGUCCCUGUGUUUUUCAAACCUAACAACACGCUGAGGCAGAUGGCUCAGCAUAGGAGGGCAAACUCUACAGGACAAGACUCAGCUCUCUUUCUACACCUAAAAGACAAGAGACACUCCUUUGUAGAUAGCAAUGUUCACAUUUUGGACAGAGAAGACCGCUAAUUUGAACGAGGUGUAAAAGUUAAGGUAGAGAAACCAUCCCUAAACAGAGGAGGGGACUACAUACAAUGCUGUUCUACCAUCUUUACCUCGGCGGUUUCACAAAACUUCACACCUCCAUUCAUGAAACAUUCUCAAGUAACACCUGUCUCUUUGAGUUGCAUGACACAUUGGCAAUUCUAUCACAGUAACUACACAGCAUUCACAACCUCUGUGAGUUGCAGUUGUCACUACUCUAAAUAAUUACACUACACCAUUGUGACUGGAAUAUUGAAAGAGGUUACACGCAGAGGAUUUCCCGUUCCAAUCAGUUGAAAUGAAGAAGCUGCUCAGAUGAGUAGUCAAAUUGUCCUCAGUGAUUACUCAGCACGCCCAGUUGCUCUAGAUUUACUUCUAAUAGUUAAAUUCAGUAGUUACAAUUACCGGUACAACCUAACCAUCCUUCUGCAAUGAAUAGCUAAGCAAAGAUCAAUUUUAGCAGUCUUAGAUAUCUCUUCUUAUUAUUGUUUUUAUUUUGUAUAAUGCCUUUUAAAAAGUGAUGUAAUAAAUC